AUGAGAUGCUCAGGGCUGUUGAUUUUGGGUUUUGUCCUAAAUGUUGCUCACUGCUUGGAAAUUCUGGGUGCGGGUGGAGAGCCACUUCUUGAGAUCACACACAACAUCACAGCAGUCCUGGGAGAAGACGUCUACCUGAGCUGUAGAUAUCUGGGCGAGAGCGAGAUCCAGAGCGCCGAGUGGAAACGCCAUGGCAACUCCAGGAUCAAAUCCAAGAGAUUGGCUGGGUUUUUUAAUGGCAAACCGUUUGGCCGUGACGACUUCUCAAAGCCAGACUCUCUCACCAACCUCACGGUGAGGACGAAGGUGUCCAGUGUGGAAGCAGAGGGAGAAUAUUCCUGCGAGUUUGCAUCAGAGUUGGAGUAUUAUUCUGACAGCGUGUUCCUCACUGUAGUAGCUCGGCCUGAUGUACAGAUCCAGGUGAAUGCAGAGACCAUAAACGGCUUUCACUACCAGUCGGUGUCAUGCUCUGCAGUCGGUGGCCGGCCGGCGCCUCAGGUCAGCUGGUUGGUGGGCGGCCAUCGUCCCUCAGAUUACCCUUUCACUGUUAGCGUGACUGAAACCGUGCACUCAAACGGCACUUCCACCUUGAGCAGCGUCCUCCGCUUCCCCACCCACCUGCAGGACGAGGACAGCGUGUCAUGUGUGGUCCAACACCCGACCCUCCCAAACCCCAAAGUCACCACAGUGAGGGUGGAGACCUACAGUAAGCUCACACUCACACAGCUGAGCAUGUUGUGUUGGUCCAUCUGUGUUGCAGGAGCGAAGCCAAAUGUGACUAUUAAAGCAGAGAUGGUACAACAAAGAGGAAGUGAGUUCUGGGUGGUCUCGUGCAUUUCGUCUGGAGGGAGACCUGACGCUGACAUCUCCUUGGCUAUGAACACCGACGAAGAGCUGCACAGAAAGAGCAACACAGACUCAGACAUGCAAAUGAUCUCUGUCAUCCUCCCUGUAACAGAGUACGAGGGGCGCACUGUCACCUGUGUGUUUGACCACCCUAAAUUUACACAGAAAGAGUCACGAGUCAUAACACUGCCAUCUUUUUAUUUGUCUGGAGUUCAGUUGUUUUACUCCGAGCUGGGAAGCAACAGUAACGAUCUCGAAGGUACUGAGUCUUUAGAGCUGCAGGAAGGACAGAGUGACACAGUCAUACGGCUGCAGGUGACGGGGAAUGUGCCAUAUUACAACGCCACCUGCAACAAAGAUGACGGGCCCUUGCCUGAGGGUGUGCAGCUGGUUGGCAGCAGCCUCACAGUUGAGGGUCCUGUGGAGCAUCAGCACGCCGGCCUGUAUGAAUGUAUCUUCUCCUAUCACCAUCACGGAGCAGUGCUGAAGUUUAACGUCACAGUUAAACCUACAGUUACACAGCCUGUACGAGUUGAUUUGCGUUUUGAGGAUGGAAACCGGGUGAUUGAGUGCUCAGCAGCUGAUGCUGUUCCUGCAGCCAACAUGUCCUGGCUUCUACCAGAGGGUGUGUCUGGAGUCUCUUGGUUCAAUUCCACUUCUCAUAAUGGAAGCCACUCUGUCAGGGGAGUUUUACUCCUCCCUGCCUGCUCGCCUUGGGAGCUCACUGCAAAGUGUGUGAUAAAUCACCCUGCGUUUGAGGAGCCACACAACAGAAGCAUAACCCUCCCUCUUUGCGCUCGCCCAAACAUCACCAUCAACUCCAGCACUGAGUGGAAAGAUGGCGAUGAGUACACAAAGGUGGACUGCUCUGUGGACAGCGUUGCCCCUGCAGCAACCAUAACCUGGCAUGUUGGAAACAGUGACAACAGCAUCAGUUAUCUGUCUGAGACUGAAGUCCAGGCUGAUGGUUUGGUAUUGGCCCGGAGCUCUGCACACUUCUUGUCCUCUUUGUAUUCUGGUCAGAAUGUGACCUGCACGGUGGAGCAUCCGAGCCUGGAGGCACCAGAAAAAAGAACAAUACGCAUUCUUGUGCACAAAGCCCCUCUGCUGAGUGUGUCUGUGGUGAAACCGCAGGACUCUCCGCUCUGGCUGGCAGUGUGUGACUGCAGAGGGGAGGGAGUCGGGUCGAACCUCGCCUGGGUCCUUCCCGAAAAUGCCAAAGGCCAAACAUCCCUGAACUCAGAGUACAAAGGGCACAUCAUUAAAGCCAGGCUGACUUAUCAGUUUCCUCUGGCCCUGCAUGAGGGGCAGGACCUGACCUGUGUGUAUCAUUUUGAACAUGGAGCCACAGAGAAAAAGACCCUUCACAUCCCCAGAUACCAUAUCUCCUCCGUGAGAGUCUUAAACCACACGACUCCUCUGCAAAGCCGCUACGGUGGUGAACACAUCACACACAGACUUUCUCUCCAGGAAAAUCAUCACGUGCAGAGAGUUCUGCUCCGAGUCGAAGGCAACGUGCCAGAUUACAGCCUCAACUGUAAAAGGAGUGACGGCUCAUUUGUCCAGAUGGACGGCGUUGCAAUGGUCUUCCAGCCAGAGCUGACAGAGCAGGAUGAAGGUCUGUACACCUGCUGGGCGUCCUUCUAUCACCACACAGCUGCAGUCAACAUUCAAGUGGAGGUCAUGAACAAGGACAGACUGUUUGCACUCGCUGCAAUAAUCUGCGUGUCUUCGGCCUUGGCCAUCCUCCUCAUCCUCGUCGUCAUGCUCUGGGUGUGCUGCAAAAGAAAAAGAAAGCCAAAAUAUAAGGAGCAGGAGUGUCUCUCGGCCUUGACCUCUCUGAUGCAGGAGCCCGGCUCUCCUGAGGUGAAGAAGCCAGCAGUGACAGAAAUCGACAGUAAGGAAUACGCUCAGCUGAUCAGUUACUCCAUUGUCAUUGAUGUCAAGAGUACAGUGUGAAGAUAAAAAGGCUUUGACAUACAGUCUGCUGUACAUUGUGCACAAACUACUGGAACUGUAGCAUCAUUUUAAGAUUCCAGUGCAUUUUUAUGAGUUUUAGCAUUAGAAGUGAAAUAUUCUUUUUUUAAGUACUGAUGUGCGAGUUAUUUUUAGGGUUUUUAGUUUUGACUGAUUGCCGUUACUGUUGCACUUUUUCACCCUACUUGAAUUUUGUACUGUUUUAUACACAAUGUAU